AUGCCUCGUUACUCGACGCAUGGUGACAAGCCGAGACGCAAGCUUUCCAAGCACAAGUAUUCCAAGAUUAACUCUCCCCCUCCGUCCAUCACUUCCGAGGCCCCUCUGCUCCCUAAACCACUGUGGACAUGGAAGGACUCGAUCAAGUACUAUGUGGCGAGGGCCAAAGGGGAAGUGAAGUAUGCGAUUGACAUGUACAGGAUUAACAAAGUGCUUGGUGAAGAGUUCGACUAUUGA